CUUACAGUCUGAGUCUUUUCAUAAGCUUCGUAAGCGGAAACCAAAAGAAGCGAUCAUAUCAACAAGUAGCAGAACUUGUCGACUUACUGCAGCUGAGAGAGCCAAAAGAUAUAGAGACCAAAGAAAAAAUGACCCUAUCUUCAAAGAAAAAGAAAGGCUUAGAAAAAAAAUUGCUUGGCGCCAAAGAACAGAAGAACAGAAAGAAAGAAAUAGAGAACAAAAUAGAAAGAAUCAGCAAAGAUACCGUGAACGACAGAAAGGUAAGGGGAUGGAAACUAAAAAGAAAGUCUCCAAAGUGCUGACAAGGAAAGAGAGAGAAAAGCAACGGCAGUAUUGGAGAAUAAAACAAAAAGAAUCCAGAGAAAGAAGACACCCACAGAAAAUAAGAAGAAAGAAGGAGAAAGACAGGGAAAGGCAAAGGAAAAAAAGAUUGACUAUUAAGCUUCAAGCUGUGGAAAAAAGAGCUAAAAAGUUUACACCACAGAAAAUUAAAGUUAAACAAACCAUUCUUGACAGCAUCAAAGGUAAUGCCAUAGCAAGAAAAAAAGCUGCCAAAAAGUUAGCAUUUUUAAAAACAUCCCGUUUAAACAAAUUUGCCAGUACAUGCUUAGGAAUCAGCCAGUCUUAUUUAAGCAAGCUCUCAAAGCAGGAAGAAAACCACACAAGGAAGACAAGGAAGGAUAAAACAUCAGCUGAGACUACAAAAAACAUAGAAAAUUUCUUCAGACAAGGAGACAUUUCAACAAAUCUACCUGAUUCAAAAAGAAUAAAAGCUAACCUUGAAGAGAGAAGGGUCCUUAAUAGAACAUUGAAAGAAUCCUAUCGAGAAUUUAGGGAAAAUAAUGCAGAUGAAGUAAGUUUUGCCACAUUUGCUCGGUUGAAACCCGGCAAUGUAGAAACCACUUGUAAAAGGAAAUGGAAUGCAUGUUUGUGUGAGAUGUGUACAAAUGUUGAUCUGAAAAUACAGUCCUUAUCACAGCUGGCUGCAACAUUUAAGAGUAAUGUAAAAGUAGACAGCAAGUAUGAAGCAGUGGAAAAGACAAUGUGUGAAAGAGAACCAGAUGAGAAAUGGCAUAAAAAAAAAUGCAUAGAAAGAGAAUGUGUUGCCUGUGGCACUGAUGGGAUUGUUGCUUUCUUUUCACCACUCAUGCGAGAAGCGACAAACAAGAAAGUGAAAUAUAUAAAGUGGGAAAGGAUGACAAAGGUGAGGAAUGGAAAAACAGUGACGCAGAUUAUACCUAAGACCCAUGAAAAGAGUGCUACUGAAGUUGUGUUGGAUCUUGCCAAAGAGUUGGAAAAACUUGCUGUCCAUUUAUUUGUUGCUGCUUGGCAGCAAAACCAGUUUUCACAGCUGUUAAAGAGGGUACCUUCCAACUGGGUUGUCCUAAACAUGGAUUUUUCUGAGAAUUAUGCUUGUCUGAACCAAAAUGAAGUUCAAAGUGCCCACUGGGGACAUAACAAUGUUACCAUUCAUCCAACAGUUGCAUAUUACAGAUGUCCCAAAGAAAACUGUAAUGAUGUUAUACAGGAGGCCCUAAUAUUUGUGUCGGAUGAUCUCCAGCAUGAUUCUCAUGCAGUUGCCACUUUUGUGUCUGUUGCCAAUGAACAUUUACAGCAAAACAGAGGUUUGGUGAUUGAAAAAGAAAUACAGUUCACAGACGGAUGUGCUGCACAAUAUAAAUCCAAAACACCAUUCACUGAUAUAUCUUACAGCAACGAGGAUUAUGGAUUUUCUGUGGAAAGGCACUUUUAUGGAUCACGCCACGGAAAAGGCCCCUCAGACGGAGCAGGAGCGGUAGUGAAGUCGGGGGCAAGAAGGGCAGUGAUGGGGAUGAAUUUUGUGAUCAACAAUGCAGAGGAUUUCUUCCUAUUUGGUAAGGAGAAGCUUGAAACCACAGAUGAAAAAAAUGACCAUAUACAUCACAAAAGGACUUUUUUCCUCAUUAGAAACAUUAAUAGAAACCGCCCAAAUAGAAGCAAAACCAAAACUGUACAUGGAACACGCAAAUUACAGUGUGUUAAAUCAACUGAAGAGAAGUACUCUCUCCUUACAAGAAAUCUGUCAUGUUUUUGUAAAGUAUGUGUGGGUGAUGAAGGAGAAGAUGCAGUUCAAUGCGAAAAUUCUGAGGUUGUUGAUCAGUGGACAGUUCAGGACUUAAAACAUACUGUUCCCGGAGUUGAUGCACGUCAAACCAGAGGUCGUGGGAGAGAAAGAGGAGCAAGGACUAGAGGGGGAGGUAGAGGAAUAAGGACUAGAGGGGAAGGUAGAGGAAUAAGGACUAGAGGGAGAGGUAGAGGAGUAAGGACUAGAGGGAGAGGUAGAGGAGUAAGGACCAGGGGAGGAGGAAGAGUAGCUAGAACUAGAGGAGGCAGGAGAAGAAGAAAUUCAGAAAGUGAAGAAUCCUUUGUAGAAGAUUCUGAUGUUUCUGAUUAUGAGGGAGAUAGAGGAGCAAGGACUAAAAGAGGAGGAAGAGUAGCUAGAACUAGAGAAGAAGGGACAAGAAGAGGUUCAGAAAGUGAAGAAUCCUUUGUAGAAGAUUCUGACAUGUCUGAUAGUGGGGGAGAUAGAGGAGCAAAGACUAGAGGGGCAGGAAGAGGAGAUAGAUCUAGAGGGAGAGGUAGAGGAGUAAGAACUAGACGAGAAAGAAGAAGGAAUAGUUCAGAAAGUGAAGAAUGCUUUGUAGAAGAUUCUGAUGUUUCGGACAAUUUUUCAGUCAAGUCAAGUCCCAUCAGUAGGGCUCUGAUGCAACAAGACAGUGAUUAUGUACAUGACAGUGAGGAGGAUAUUUUGCAAAAUAUCUCGGGACUUUCAGCCAUAAUUGCUGCUCUUGACAAGGAUGAGGGCUCUAUAUCUCCUGUCUUCAUGAAUGAACCUACCCCUCUGGCUAUACAGGAAUAUAUUCCUCUCCUUGCUGCCCAGGAACACAAGGAUCAGGAACUGUCUGAACAUAUGCCUUAUUUUGAGGGAGCUGUCCUUCUUGAUGUUGACGAACCUGUCCUCCCUGUUCAGGAACACAUGGAUCAAGAACAUAUGACUGUUGAUGAACCCGUCCCUCCUUAUGUUGAGAAACCUGUCCUCCCUGACCAGGAACACAUGGAUCAGGAACAUAUUCCAUAUGAUGAGGAACCUGUCUACCCUCAUAAGGAACACAUGGAUCAGAAACAUAUUCCUGAUACUGAGGAACCUGCCCUCCCUGAUGUUGAGGAACCUGCCCUCCCUGAUGUUGAGGAACCUGCCCUCCCUGAUGUUGAGGAACCUGUCCUCCCUGACCAGGAACACAUGGAUCAGGGACAUAUUCCUGAUGCUGAGGAACCUGUCCUCCCUGAUAUUGAGGAACCUGUCCUCCCUGAUGUUGAGGAACCUGUCCGACCUAUUGAGGAACACAUGGAUCAGGAACAUAUGCCUGAUGUUGAGGAACCUGUCCUCCCUGACCAGGAACACAUGGAUCAGGAACAUGUGCCUGAUGUUGAGGAACGUAUCCUCCCUGACCAGGAACACAACGAUAAGGAAUGUAUGCCUGAAGUUUUCAAGGAACCUAACCUCCCUGUUGUUGAGGAACCUGCCCUCCCUGAUGUUGAGGAACCUACCCUCCCUGUUGUUGAGGAACCUACCCUCCCUGUUGUUGAGGAACCUAACCUCCCUGUUGUUGAGGAACCUAACCUCCCUGUUGUUGAGGAACCUACCCUCCCUGUUGUUGAGGAACCUACCCUCCCUGUUGUUGAGGAAUCUGAUCUCCCUGAUGUUAAGGAACCUGUCCUCCCUGAUGUUAAGGAACCUACCCUCCCUGAUGUUAAGGAACCUACCCUCCCUGUUGUUGAGGAACCUGAUCUCCCUUACCAGGAGAAUAAAUUGAAGAAAAGGUUCAAGAAUGGCCCUUCGUUCUUUUCUUCUCUAAAAAGGGAAAGAAUUUGUGGACAGAAGGAGACAUUCCACACAGUGUUUUACUUGAAGAUAUCAAACGGACCAUUGACCCACCAGAUGUUCAAAUUCAUGGGUCUAGGAUUUACUAUCUGUUUAAUGGUUUGUGAUGAAGGAAGAAAUAAAAAAAAAUGGAACAUUUAAUUGAUCUUAAAGAAUUAAAAUAAAAACAGUUGAACAUUUGUUUGCUUUUGUUUAUUUGCCCUUUACUGAUAUUUUAUAUUUUCCUUUAUUAAAGCAUUUAUUAAUAUAUAUAUACAAGACAGCAAAUUGAAAAUUGUCAAAGUAUGCAAGUAAUAGACAUCACAAAAGAUGAUAAUUGUCAAAGUGUCAAGAGUAAUUUCCAAACAUACAAAGUUCUGAUUAAUGCAUAAUAUUUAUUAUUUCAACUAUGUAUAGAGAAUAAGAAAAUUAAUUAAAGACCUAAUAAAUAUUAUUUAAUUUUUGUCUUGCAUCUUUGUGCUAUGUGAAACAAAAAUUAAAAAUAUUGUCCUCUUUAUCAGUAAUAUCCAUCACUUUUUUUAAACCAGCAAAUAAACAA